GGCAGUUGGUGACGAACAAUCAGCCAGAGAGGUUGUGUACGCGUGUGGCUGGCAUUUUACUGAAAGAACAAUCACCUGGUUUGAUGAUCAAUGAAUUUCGUGCCUUCCCCUGCACUUAUCCCCGUUCCUUGCUGCCUCCUGCCACAGUGCCAGUGUAAAGAUUGUCCGCAGUGUGAGUUAGGCGUGGGGCCCCAUCCAAGUCCCACACAGUGCUGCGGAAGUUGAUUGUUUAAUUAGUGGGUGUGUUCAAAGUGGAAGAAGUGAUAAGAGAUAUUGACUCUCUUCUUCACUUAUAUAUACAAAAGGGGCCAUCCACAGUGUGCUGGAUCAGCAGGAGAGUGCGUGACACAAACUCAUCAGAAAAAAAGUGAGAAGAAGUAAAAAGAAACAUUUUUCUCAAAGUGAUUCUCAAGAGAGAUCAUCGCGGAAAGUCCACAAAACCUAGUCACAGAGAGCGCGCAUUUGAUGUGGAAAUGGGGUUGGAAAAUUGCGCCUAAAAUGGUCAAAGGUGCUAAAGACCAGUUUUAAAUGCUCGCCAGUUUGAGCUUCAUUCAGUCAUGCUGCUUUUCAGAUUGCUGUUGCUGCCACUUGUACUCCUUGAGGCAGGCCCAUUGGGUGGGGAUGUGGAGGAACGAAAGAUGGACGACUGUGUGCUCGGGGGAUGCAUCCAGGCGCCGGUGAUGAUUUCUGCGGAAUCGGUGGAACCCCCACCGAGCGAUGGGGCGAAGUUUGUCAAUAAGGCCGAUAACAGGAAGCGGAAAGUCGAACGGAAGUCCAUUGUGAUUGAACCCGAAAACUUGGGGCAGGACUGGAAGUGCCCAAAUAUUACGCGGAAUCGCAAUCUUGAGUGUGGAUGCGACAUGCCGCAUACGCUGAGAUGCAGCGGAGACAUCCACGGGCUAGAGCUCAUUGCCCAGGGAUUGAGGGAAGCAGAAUAUGCGGUCUCCCUGCUGGACUGCACCCUCAAGAAUGUUACCUUUCUCAGUGAUGCGCGUAUCUUUGAGAAUGUCUCCCUCCAUGGGCUCGUCAUCUCAUCCGGAGAGAUUAAACGCGUCCACAGAUCAGCCUUUGUGGGCCUCAGGACACCCCUGCAGGCUCUCGGGCUGCCCAAUAAUGCUCUUAUGGGUGUCCCAUGGAACUCCCUGUCACCCCUUGUGGCCCUCGAUCGUCUAGAUUUGUCCAAUAAUCGCAUUAAAGCCCUCGGAGCAGCAGAUUUCAGCACCCUGCAGCGUCUCACGUACCUGGAAUUGAGUGACAAUCAAAUCUCCAGCAUCUCCCAGCGAACAUUCACCCCCCUGAAGCGCCUGGUAACGCUCAAAGUCAAUGGGAAUCGCCUUGGGGACUUCCCAUCGAGCAUUCAGGCAAUUGGGCAGUGUCUCAACCUCCGGGAAUUGGAUCUCAAGUCCAACAGCAUCAAGGGACCUCUAACGAAGAAACUCCUGCCGGGACUCUCGCAGUUGGAAGCACUAAAUCUCGACAAGAAUGUCCUCACCAGUGUCCACAAUGCAGCUCUUGAAGGCUUCCCUCGGCUCAUCACGCUGUCCAUGAGACACAAUCAAAUCGACGUACUGCAGGAUCAUGCCUUUUUGGGAUUGAACUCCUUGCAAGUUCUCGAUUUGGGUUACAAUGGCAUUGUUGCCAUUUCCGGAGCCUCCCUGUUGCAUCUCAAACGUCUGGUGGUGCUCGAUAUGACGCACAAUUUCCUACGUGCUCUCACAGCGGAUCUCACAGCACCCCUGCCGGCUCUCAAGGAGCUCCGUCUCGAUGGGAAUGACAUCUCAAUUGUGGCCAAGAAUGCCAUGGAUGCGAGUGAAUUGCACAGUUUGUCCCUCCUGGACAAUCCACUUUCAUGCGACUGUACGCUGAAACCCUUUGCCGAAUGGCUGGGCAGGAGUGUCUCAAUUCCAGCUCAUGAUCUCCUGGGGGCUGUUUGUGCCACUCCACCAGCACUCGAGGGAGCUCCUCUACUCCAAGUUCCCGUCGAAUCACUCAGCUGUGAAGCCAGUGAUGGGGAUUUUGACAAUGCCAACGUGCUGGAUCAGCUGGAAACGCUCUCAAAUACCACUUCCACCCACAUCAGGGACUAUAGCGAUGUGAUAACUCUCAGGGAACUAAAACUCCAGCCUGACUACAGCUUAUCGCUCACUUGGAAUAUUCUCGUCACAGAGUACACAUGUGAUGCAAUCUUCGUGUACAAGGAGACAAAUAUCCAUGAGAUCCUACUGGAUCAUUCACCGAUCCACUGUGAACCUCUUGCAGCCACGGACGGGAGCAUAGUUGUGGUGAAUUUGGGCGACAGCUCAACGCUGACUAUUGGCGACAGCUACCGCUUCUGCCUUGUCCUGCUGAAGAAGGGCCAAACGGAGCUUGUGGUUGGAUGCUCCAACAUCACCCGCUUAAUGCCAACGACGCCCCAACCCACGGAUAUCUCCACCUUUGAUCGCGUCACCGCUGUCGAGGAGCUUCUAGUGCCGCGUCUCACCUCCGUGGAAGAGGCAAACGGAACAGGAGCAGCGGAAGCAAAGACACUCGUUGAGAAUCAAACAGUGGCCUUCUUCAAUAACGUCCACAUCAACAAGAGCUUCCUUCCCGGCCUGGCGCUUGGUGUACUCAUCAUGAGCGUUCUCGUACUCAUCUGGGGCGCCACGAAGCUCAAGCAGAGUCGCCACGCCCCCACUGUGGCCACAUGCUACACAGCCUCAGGGAAUGGUGUUGCCGGUAGCUGCCAGGAUGCUGAGAAUCACAACAAUCGCUACUUCAAGCUCCAAGCCACAACGAGCUUAUGAGGAGCACCACGUCUGUGUAAAUAGCGCCCCCAAAUUUUCGUUUUUGUAGAUAUUCCCGCGCGAAUGUUGAAUCCUAACCAAGUCAGUGUGCCAUAAUUGAAUGAUGAGACACCACCCUCAAUUUUUACCACCCCCUUCUACCCAUGUGUGCGUGUGUGUGUGGGUGAUUAGUACCUAAGAUUAGACAGAUAUUUAUUGUGUAAAAGAAUUUUAAAAUAAAAUCAAACAGAAGAAGAAACAUUCCCAAAACCAGCAUCAACCCUAACCAGAGAAACCAAACAAGGUUCUUUUGUAUAUAAAGAAAAUAAUCCCUUUAAUUGAAAAGUUAUAUCACAAAACAAAGUAUUAAAUAAUUUUUUUAUAAUAUAUAGAUACAUUUUUUCA